AUGCCUCCCAAGAAGAAGGUCGCAGCAGCCGGGGGCGUCGAGGCCGAAGGCGGUGCAUUCCGCUGGACACUGGAGAACGCAAACAAGCUCCUCAUCUUGACCCAAGGCCGCUAUCUCACGGGCGAAGAUUACGAGCGUCUUGUUAGCGUCUUCCCUGGAACAAACCUCAACGGCGUAAAAAUCAAAGUCUCCCGUUUCCGCGUCGAGCAACGCAAGCUCUUCGAUGAGUACGGCUGGACGCUUCCGGACGGCGGUGCGGUGCUGAAGAAGACUCCUACACCGCGUAAGAACAAGAAGAGGGAUGCUGAAGCCGAGGAUGAGGAGGAUUCGUCAGAUGAGACUCCGAAGGCGAAGAAGCCGCGUGGCAGGAAGGCCAAGGCAAAGAAAGAGGAGAGUGUUGAGGCUGAAGUCGAAGAGGAGGAUUGUGGGAAGGUCAAAGAGGAAGUUCUUGAUCAGGGUAUGUAG